UUUUUUUUUGCUUAAUUAAUUGAUUCACGGGCUUAUCGUGCGUGUGUCGCGCGCAUGUGUCCAGAGUUGCAUGCACGGAUUAGAGACAAAUCCUUACAUGCAUUCUAAAUGAUUUAGUUCAUAAUUGACUUGAUUUUUCUGUAAUCUGCAUGUAGAUGAUAAUGAUGCGUUAUGACGGAGUCUGUGAGCGGAGUGCACUACAAUAGGCUGUUGCAUAAGGAUGAAUGCAUUUGAUCAUGUGUGCCACUGCAUAGCUGAUUGCCUCAGUGCAGCUGCCUCAGUGCUGAAUGAUGCUGAUCGUUCAAACACCGUCCUGUCGCCAUGCACUCUGAGCGAGAUUAGCACUUUAGCUUCCUGAAGACUUUCAGGGCACAAGUGCACAACUUUGCUACAGUUUGCUGGUUUUUCUUGCUUUCAACAAAACUUCUGCAGAAUGGCCUCAGGUGCGCUCCAACUGAAAAACUGCACACUUGUGGUUCUUGUGGUUCUUGUUUCCUGAAGUUUGUGAGUUCUUCGAGGUCCCGUUUUUUUCAACAGGGGGUUCAGAUCUGUGCUCUGAGUGCGAAACAGCGUUCUCUAAGAACAAACCUCAGAAAGGAGAGUUCUGAAGACUAAAUAAAAUCUCGUCUUCACGUGUCUUUCAUCAAUAAUUGAUCUUUUCUCACAGCACUGCUGAAUUCUGGAUGGUGAUUGAUCAGAAGAGAAGGCGUUGAUUAAUUUCCUAGAACAGCAGCUCUGGCAGUAAUACAUCUGCAAAUCACAGGAUGGGUGUGGUCACUGAAGGAGAAGACGUUUUAGCACGAUGGAGCGACGGACUUUUAUACCUCGGCAAUGUCAAAAGGGUAGACGUCGUUAAACACUGCUGCUUGGUCAGGUUCGAGGACAAUUCCGAGUUCUGGGUCCUCAGGAAAGACAUUCACUCGUUCUCAGCCAGUGGAGAGGAAGUGUGUUGUGUCUGUGAUGGUCCUCCUCUUAAAGAACCGCUCAUUAACUGUCUGAAAUGCCGCCACAGUUAUCACGCUCAGUGCCACACGCCGGCCGUGGACCCCGAGGUGGACGUGGACUCGUGGGUCUGUCGCCAGUGCGUCUUCGCCGUCGCCACCAAGAGAGGCGGAGCCUUAAAACGCGGCCGCUUUGCUCGACUCAUGCAGCUGAUGAAGCUGAGGCUGCCGUAUCAGCUUUCCACUCUGGACUGGGACGCUCAGCACCUGACCAAUCAGCAGCAGUGUUACUGCUACUGCGCCGGACCGGGAGAGUGGAACCUGAAGAUGCUGCAGUGUGGAACCUGUGGCCAGUGGUUUCACGAAGCCUGCACUCAGUGCCUGACCAAACCUCUGCUAUAUGGAGACAGGUUUUAUCACUUCCAGUGUUCGGUGUGUACGAAUGGACCCGAGACCAUUCAGAGGCUCCCCAUGACCUGGGUAGAUUUGGCCCAUUUGGUGCUGUAUCAUCUGUCCCUGUGCUGCAAGAGGAAAUACUUUGAUUUCGAUCAUGAAAUCAUGGCCUUCACCAACGAGAACUGGGAUUCUCUGCUGUUAGGCACGUUGUCAGAUACGCCUAAACAAGAUCGCUGCCACAAUCUGCUCAAUGCGUUAAAUUCCCACAAGGACAGGUUCGUCUCGGGGAAAGAGAUCAAGAAGAAAAAGUGUCUUUUUGGCCUUCAAGUGCGAGCUCCACCACCGCUGUCGUCCGAUUCCUCGCCCCUCAUCACCGAGCAGCCCAUCAGCAUCACACACCGCAAAAGCCCGCUGUCCCUGCCGUGCCAGAGACGAGUCGUGGGCUCCGAGUCUCGCAAAUCUAAGCGGCGCAUCGCUGAGACACUUCAGCAGCCGUGUCCACCUGCUAACCAGAUCAACCUGGUGCCGUGUUGUCACGGGUGUGUGAACGGUGCGAGCGUCUACAACUCCCGGAAAUCCGAGGAGGAAUUAGCGCUGGGAACGCCUCCUAAGAGAAUGUUCCCUCUGUAUCACACGACAUAUAACGGAUCUCAGGGUCUUCCUCGGACUCUGCAUCACUACAGUGCCGAGGAUCCGUGUCGACUUCCUGCUCCGUGUCUCCCGUUCUCCAUGUCGUCCAGUCACCCACCAGGGCAGAGGUUCGAGCAAUGCCCGUCUCUGUUCCUGCACGAUGUCGCCCCCUACCCCAACGGAGUGAACUUGGAAGGGCACACGGCGGCGCGAGGCUGGGGUGGAGGAGAGGCGGUCAGGAUUCUGGCCAGACGUGUGACGCCAGACGGAAAGGUCCAGUACCUGGUGGAGUGGGGAAACGUCAGCGUUUACUAAAAAGAAAAGAAAGGAAACUGUUGACGUUACAGCAGAAAAAUGACACGAAUCCACACGGAGGCUCAGCUGCCACUCGACUCUGUGGGAUUAAACUGUUAGAAAUCAUCCCUCUGUCCUUUCCACGGCGUCUCCUGUACUUCAAAUACUGUUAGAAAACACCUUUAGAAUGCCUUGAACUUUACGAUCCGAUAUCCGAUUUGUAUCCUAUAUAAUAUAAUAGAUAUAUUCAUCUAAAUUCCAUGUCUGAAGUACGGGAUCGAGAGCGUUCUCAACAUCGGUAUCUGUAACGAGAUGAAGGAAAGAAGGAAGGCGUCCUGGAGUCACUUCUCAUCAGAAGCGUUGUCAUGAUUUACCUCUUAUUAUGCAAGUUUCAUUUAAUAUGAUGGAAGAUGAGGAGGAGAGUUCAUUUAGAGCAUCUAGAAAUCAUCUGAAAUGUCCUGUAGCACUUCUCUUUUAAUCGCUUUUGUAUUCAAAUCUAUUAUUUUGGUGUUAAAUAGUUAGUAGUUUAUAUGAGUGGAUUAUAUUAAUGACACACUCUUCUGUUUUAGGUCCUUUGUGAGAAAACAGCAGAUUGACAGGAAAUGAUCAGAAAUCUGAAACCGCCGAGGUUUAAAAGCUCAGAUCGAUUAUAAACAUUUAAAGCAUUUAUUACAUGGAUUUUUAAAUAUUAUCCUCAUUUAUAUGAACUUGAAGGAUUUAAGUAUCGAAUCGUUUAUUUGUCAUUUUCUGUACGGUUACUGUAUUGUUAUUAUACGUAUAGUUCAUUUUUUUAUUUCAUUCAUUCAUUCAUUCAUCUUCUACCGCUUAUCCGAACUUCUCGGGUCACGGGGAGCCUGUGCCUAUCUCAGGCGUCAUCGGGCAUCGAGGCAGGAUACACCCUGGACGGAGUGCCAACCCAUCACAGGGCACACACACACUCUCAUUCACUCACACACUCACACACUACGGACAAUUUUCCAGAGAUGCCAAUCAACCUACCAUGCAUGUCUUUGGACCGGGGGAGGAAACCGGAGUACCCGGAGGAAACCCCCGAGGCACGGGGAGAACAUGCAAACUCCACACACACAAGGCGGAGGUGGGAAUCGAACCCCCAACACUGGAGGUGUGAGGCGAACGUGCUAACCGCUAAGCCACCGUGUCGCCCAUUUUUUAUUUUAGAUUUAUAUUUUUAUUUGAAGUUCAUCAUUUGUCUUAAAGUAUGUCAUCAUUUAAGUAGGUGAAUAUAUUUUUAAGCUUAAUUUGGAUGAUAACAAACUUGGUAAUUUUAGCAUUUUUGUUUUAUACAUAAAUUUUUUGUUGUUGUUGUUGUCUCAGUUGAUUUGUGUAUCCUGCUGUAGCUCCUGGAGAAGAAAUGCUACAUGUCAGAAUAUUUCUCCAAAAAAUGUUCCACACGUUAACUGAACUGGAUCAGGGACGUUAAACGUACAGAGACGACCGACGUUAACGUGUUAAUGUGCACAGAUCGGUUCUAGCGACAGAAUAGUUCUCUCUGAAAAGGAGAAAGAACAGAUUGUCAUAUUUUUGUCAGGUUUUUUUUUUGUGCUCGUUUUAUUUACUUUUAUUUUUUACAGUAAUAGAUUCUGGACUUCACCUGUGAAGUGUUUAAAACUCAUAGACAGAAAAAUCAAUUCAGGGUUAACUCAAGGGACAAAAACGAGUGGACUGCACCUUUCUGUUUCUUCAUUUAGUUAUUUCUACCAUUUUUCUUCCUGAUGUGUUCAGUACUGUGUACAGAUUGAUGUAAUAAUGUAAUAAAAAGUUACUCAUCGCAUCGUAGGAGGAACUGAAAUGAGUAGCUGAUCCUCAUCCACCUCCUCCAUUCGAGAUCUUUGUGAAACAAAAACAGACGUGAAGAAUAAAAACGAUUAAAA